UUGUCCAUUUUGGUGGGGGGGGGUAUACAGCAAACACAAUCCGGUCUACGGUAAAUGAGGUGGCUUGUUACAAAGGAAAAAUAGGUAGACGCUUAGACUCGAUUCAUUUGAUUAAUAGACCGGCACCGAUGUACUAGUUAAGUGCGGGCGGGACAGGAACUGUUGCAUAAGAUUUAAUUCCUUUCAUUCAUCAUAGCCAAAUGUUAGAUUGCAUUCUUUUGAAGGAAUGUCAGAAAUUGUCCAAAUAGAAAACAUUCCAAAGUUUCAUUUCAUUCUGAUUCAGAAAAUGUGGGAGGAAAGAAUGAAAACCCAGUGUGACGUCACUGGCAAUUCGGCUUUUUUGAACGCAUUGCAUUAAAGAGAAAGGAAGAAAACAAGGAAGAGGGCCAUAUAUAGUCGGAGAAGUUCCACUGACACUUUAAAUGUCUGAGUCACGAAGACGACCCUCCUUCUCCGGCUCCUUUAUAAACGGCGCCAACUUCUUUCGAAUUAGCCCAACGCAACUUGCUUGACAGGAGCCUGAAUAGUUCUUAUUCAAGGUCACUCAUUUUUGCAGGCUUUUUUUUCCCUUUGGAAUUUAUUUAUUUGUUAUUUUUGUAUUUAUUAGCAUCAUUGUAUUCAUCAGGUACCCGUCUAAAAUAUCUGGAACAUUAUUUUGUUGUCGUCUCCAAAUGUUUUGGUUAGCAAACAAGACUUUGGGUUGUUUUUUCCUCCUGGCAAUCCUCCUUCCUGCCUCUCUGUCUUUCUACCUUGCCGACUCCAACCCACUUUUAGCCUUUCACAGCCAAGUCAGGGAGGGCCAUCUUUACACAGAAAAUCACAGACGAGGGAUGUACCUGCAGAUCAGCCAGGAUGGAAGCGUGUCCGGAAGCGACGUGCAGACCCCUUUCAGUGUGCUGCAGUUACAGUCGGUGCAAGCCGGCCACAUCGCCAUCAAAGGUCAGAGGUCGUCUCUGUUUCUCUGCACCGACAGUGGGGGCUCCCUGAGGGGGCAGACGCGCUUCUCAGGGGACGACUGCACCUUCCGAGAGUUACUGCUGGCGGACGGCUACACCCGCUUCUUGUCCGUGUGUCACGGAUUUCCCGUGUCGCUGGCUUCCAGGCGUUCCCCGGACCAGCGCGCCGUGCCCUUCACUCGAUUCCUGCCGCUCAAGGACAGCCUGCCGAGGAUGGACGCGUCCCAGCCGGCGCCGCCGAGGCUCACCUCCUUCAACCUGGACUCCGAUGACCCGCUGAGAAUGUCUCAGGAUUCCGUGCUCAGUCCUCAUUUCGCGGUGGAAAAGUGAAGGCGACGGGAUGCACUGAACAAUGAAUUGUUUUCAUGGAGGAAAAAAAAAUCCCAAAUGUUCGCUUUUGCCGGACUUGAAAUAAGCAGGAAAAUGAAUGCCUCGCUGGGUUAGAAAUCGUGAAGGGUUUGAUUGUAACGGACCCAUUUUCCAGUCGGAAUGUAAAUAUUAUUUUACUUUAUUUAUUUCAGUGAGUGUGUCUUGGGAAAAAUGUGUGCGUUGAAGUGUGACAGUGUGUUUUGGAGUAAUCAAGAUGACACAAUGAGGUGUUUGUCCCUCGCAGGCAUUUUGUCAGACUGGAAACACUUGAAUGAAAAUAAACUAUUUUGGUAAGUUUGUUUUUUUCCUCGUCAGUCUUUUUUUAGCAUUAUCUUUGGAUCAGUGUUACUCUGGUCGAUACAAAUGAGAGAUCAGUCCCGAUAAUUGAGUGGCACUUUGUAUCGUGGUACCUUGAGAUCGCACUUUCGCCACGUUUGUAGCUUGAGUCGUCAUUUUCUCUCAAGAAUUUUGCAAAUUUCAUGUGAGAAAAUUCGACCAUGUUGUAAUAGCAGCUCCUUCUGGUGUGUGCGCGACUUGACCACCAGGUGGCAGUAUAACACGUUCUUGCCGACAAAUAAAGACCACUUUUCUAAA